AGUGAACUGGGCUGCACAAUAAGUGAGGGCUUGAAAGAGUAGAAAAAAAUACUAAAAAGAAAUCACUUCGGGAAAUAAUUGGACUUAAUCUAGAAAGUGGAUUCUUAAAAACACUUAAAACGUCUUAAAGCGAGAAUUUGGAGGAAAUAAGAGGACUAGAUUGGCACAAUCGAGCAGUGGGACUUGCUGGGGAUUCGAGCUGUAAAAAAAAACAUUGCUAGCUAGCUUGCAACUGUAAACGGAUCUGUAGGAAACACAGGCUUUGGAAUACGCUGAGCACCCAAUUAGUUUCAAGGCUCCAUACAAGAUUAGGGGCUUUCUUGAUGAAUUAUGUCUACUACCAGUAUUGACCCUCAGACAUCAAAAGGACAAGAUGCGAAAGUGCAAAAUGGCUCCCUCCAUCAAAAGGAAACGGUCCAUGACAACGAUUUUGAACCAUACCUCACUGGCCAAUCUAAUCCGAACAACAGUUACCAAUCCAUGACUGACCCUUACUUGUCCAGCUACUAUGCCCCCUCUAUUGGCUUCCCCUAUCCCCUCAGCGAGGCACCCUGGUCUACUGGAGGAGACCCCCCAAUCCCAUAUCUCACACCCUAUGCCCCCCUCAGCAAUGGAGAUCAUCAUUUUAUGCAUGACACCGUGUUUGGACAGCCAGGAGGGCUGGGCAGUAGCAUCUACCCUCAUCGAUUUAAUUUCUUCCCAGAGAAUCCUGCCUUCUCAGCCUGGGGCACCAGUGGCUCCCAGGGCCAGCAGACUCAGAGCUCUGCCUAUGGGGGCAGCUACAGUUACCCACCUAGCUCGCUUGGGGGCACCUUGGUGCCCGAUGGGCAGACCGGCUUCCACAGCGACACUCUGAAUAAGGCUCCAGGCAUGAACAGUCUGGAACAGGGCAUGGUGGGGCUUAAGAUCGGAGGCGACGUGACAGGUGGCGGCUCAGGUGUCAAGACCGUGGGUUCAGUGAUUGGUGGUGGGGCAGUGGCGGCAGCGGUCGCCACGGGAAAUGGGGGAACCCCUAUUGGCAUGCCUCCUCCCAAACCCACAUCAUGGGCAGCAAUUGCUAGUAAGCCGGCUAAGCCACAACAGCUUAAGGUCAAGACAAAGCCAGGCAUGCCCAUGGCUGGGGGUGCUCUACCGCCACCACCCAUUAAACACAACAUGGACAUUGGCACCUGGGACAACAAGGGGCCCGUGACCAAAGUGGCUUCUCCACUGCCCCCUCACCACCAACACCAACACCAACACCAACACCAGCAGCAGCAGCCGCAGCUUCACUCUCAUGGUCACCUCCCCCACCCCCAUGGGCUCCCGCCUCCACCCCAGCCUCCCAUGCCAUCCGCCCAAUCGCUCGCCCAGCAGAUGGCGAUGCAGGCCCCGCCCCCUCCUCAGCCUUAUCAAAAUCACACCCCAGCUCCUCCCCCCCAAACCCGUUGGGUUGCCCCUCGCAACCGUAACCCGGGCUAUGGUGGGGGCAGUAGCGUGGACAGCAGCGGUUCCUCCAGCGGCGGCGGGGUUGGGAACGGGGGUGGAGGUGGACCCCCAGGCUCUGGUCCCAGCGAGUCCCACCCGGUCCUGGAGAAGCUACGUGCGGCGCACAGCUACAACCCCAAGGACUUCGACUGGAACCUGAAGAACGGCCGCGUGUUCAUCAUUAAGAGUUACUCCGAGGACGACAUCCAUCGCUCCAUCAAGUACUCCAUUUGGUGUAGCACGGAGCAUGGCAACAAACGUUUGGAUGCUGCUUUCCGGGCCAUCAACGGCAAAGGACCGGUCUACCUGCUCUUCAGUGUGAAUGGCAGCGGGCACUUCUGCGGCGUUGCAGAAAUGCGCUCGCCCGUGGACUACGGCACCAGUGCCGGCGUUUGGGCACAGGACAAGUGGAAGGGCAAGUUUGACGUGGACUGGCUGUUUGUCAAGGACGUGCCCAACAGCCAGCUGCGACACAUCCGGCUAGAGAACAACGACAACAAGCCGGUGACCAACUCGCGUGACACACAGGAGGUUCCCCUGGAGAAAGCCAAGCAAGUGCUGAAGAUCAUCGCCACCUACAAACACACCACGUCCAUCUUCGAUGAUUUUUCACACUACGAGAAGAGGCAGGAGGAGGAGGAGGUGGUGAGAAAGAACUAUGAACCUGCUCCAAUCCAGAAUCGCUCCCGACUGGAUCAGGAACGCCAAAAUCGAAGUAAACAAUAGAAGACUGCACCCAUAGCUUGAUCAACGGUUGUUUUAGGACUGACAUUUUCAAAAAAUUAAAUUUAAAGAGAAAAAGACGACACAAG